AUGGGACGUCUCAGAAGCACACAAUCAAAAUCGCGGUACAAGGUUCAAGACGUCUGUGUGUUGUCAGAGAAAAGACCAAGCAAAGACGAGAAAGACACGAGGACGGGCUUGCGCGCCGUGCUAUCUGCUGGAACGCUCACUCGCGCACCAUCACGAGACCAAGGCGACCGGUUAUUCCGACUGGUAGACCAGUUGCGAGAGCCCGUCGCUGCGCCCCCCGUUGUCGAGGUACGGAUCAUCCAUCUAGCCAUGUCGCUCGACGGCGAGUCGAGAGCGUACUCCUCACGGCGACCGGGGGGCGAACCGAUGGACCACCUCGGCGUACGCUACCACACCAACCCUCCAAGGUUUGUUCUCACUGACAAGUCAGGGUCCAAGAUACAGAGGACAUCGAAGAAACCUGGCGGCUGCAAGAACACCUUCCUCUCUGCCUUCGAGACACUGGUCAUCCUCGCACUCAAACUCUACUUUGUUUGUCAGCUCAUUCGGUUUGUGUACACGAUUCCUCAUAUGAGUACCAGUCACUUGCCCAUAAAGCUGUUCGAAAUCAGCGAGCUCAUCCUCAGCCUGGCCGCCGUGGCCGGCGCAGACUGUAUCUGGUCGAGCAAGACGUCGGUGAGAAGGUUGCUCCAUGGACGAUUCUUCCAGGGCUCCCACUGGCGGAGCACGGGAGCCUUUGGUGGCACCUGGUGGCCACUCUGUCUUUUUGGACACGCCAUCUUUGGGGUGUCCUUGUUCUUCGCUGCCAACGUCUGCCCCUGGACACCGGAGGGAAUCGCCCGGUGCAGUCUCUGGGAAACCUUCAGCAAGUUCUUCUUUGUGAACCUGCUGGCGCUCGCGCAGACCUACAUGGCCAUCACCAUCUACACCGUGCUCUGCCUGAAUGUCAAGAGGAAGAUGGCUGAAGUCGUGCAAGAGAUCAAGGGUACCAGGAACGUCCUUUCGUACGAGGGUCUUCGCAGGUUGCACCACAAGUGGGAACAGUGCGCCUCGUACGUCGAGGAACUGAGCCUGACCUUUCUGGGCUUCGUGUGCAUCUGGUACUGCUACCUGUUCGUUAGGGCUGUCUACGUCAUUAGUACCAUCUGCAAAGUCAUCGAUCUUACAGGGGCUACGGUGUUCAACAGGCAGCAGAUGUGUGUCCCGAUCUUCGAGCUGACCUUUCUGAUCAUACUCUGCGUCGUCUCCGAGAAGGUGAAGUCUACCAUGCUCGAGUCAGUGGAUCCGUUGAAAGAGCUGACGAUGUCGAGGGCUAGUGAAGAAGUUCAACUUCACGCAGAGGUACAGAGGUUUUUAUACCGAAUUGAAAAGUACUCUGACAUGACGCUCUGGAAGUUUCCCAUGUGGACUGAAAACGCCAUGAAGGUUUUCUUGGUCGUUAUAGUGGGCCUCAUUAUGUUCCAGGAUAGAAGGGUGCGAAGCAAGUUGUGCUAG